AGUCACCUGUUUUAAUUUAUAAGUUUCUACGUUUGCAUAGUUUACUGCCUCUUUUGAGAUACACAAUCUCAAAACCAUUAAAACGCCUUUAUUAAGGGAGAAAAGAGGCCAUCUACGGUCAUGGGGAAAACAAACAAGAGCAAUUCUAUGAAUCAGAUAUCGAACAUGUGGGUAUAGAGGAGAAUAUUGGAAGUGUUGCUUUAUACAUCAUGAAAUGGAAAAAAUGUUGUGUUCUCGUCUGCAUUUUUGGAUUUUUGUUUGUCAUCAUGGAGGUGCAUUACAUAUCUGGUAGAUCUAAGACUAAGUUGCAAACAGAAGAAGACAGAUCAAUCUUCCGUUAUAAAUGUGGCAACUCCAGAAAAACUCAUACAAAAAAGAAUUCAACUGGUCAUGUUCCCAUGACGUUGGUUCUAGGUUACAUGAGAAGCGGGUCAUCCCUAACUGCUGACAUCAUUCGCUGUAACCAUGGAGAUUUUUAUAUUUUUGAACCACUUCAUGGAUUGAUUGAAUUUUCAGUAAAACAAAACAGACCUAUUGGUUUUCUAAAUGGGACAGAAAAAAGGUUAUCGUAUAAUGAUACGGAAAUUGAAAGACUGAAGGCAGAAAUGUUGCUGAACUGGUUCACCUGUAAUUUCCAGGACAUCGACUUAAACAGCUUGUACAAUGAAUUCAUUCAUAUUUACACCCCGGAGCACGAUUUGUAUUUUAACUGCACCCGACAAGAUCGUUCAAAUGAUUCCUCUCUAGCUAUGAAUAUAGCUCCAUGCAUAUCAAUUUUACAAAAGGCUUGUGUUGAAGCUAAUUCAAGGACGUACAAAACUAUACGUUUGCAUACAGUUUCGGUCGGUUAUUUGCUGAAAAGGCUGCCGUUACUCAAAGUCAUUCAUUUGGUUCGAGACCCAAGAGCAAUCCUUCACUCACAACUAAUGGGUAACCUUACUCAAUCUAAUAGAAACCAUUUUACAAGAUUUUCCAGACGUUUUUGUGGCAGGAUGUUAGAAGAUAUUCGUAACGUGAAAAUGUUAACUGAUAAAUAUCAAGGACGUAUUCAGAGACUUGUGUAUGAAAAUCUUGCAUUGAACCCAAUAGAGGUAUCUAAGAGUAUAUACAAUUUCUUACGUGCACAGUUUACCAUAAAAGUAAAAGAAUAUGUUGAGGGUUUGACUACUGGGCCAAUUGUCCGAUGUGAAUACUGCACUAGAAGAGGAAACUCAACUUAUAAUGCAUUCAGAUGGAUGCCAAAUAUUACUUCGAUGUAUCUUCACAUAAUUGACAAAAACUGUAGAGAAGUAUACAGAGAAGUUGGUUAUUCCGGAAAUAUAUCACUGUACAAUAAGUCAUGGAAUCCAAACAAAUAUCAAUUAAAAGCAACACUGUAGAAUUUUUAAAUUCAGAAUCAAAUAUUGAGAAUUCGCAAUAAAUAUGAACAUGUUUGAAGU